GAGGAGGCAGACAGAACAGUGACCCCCAAAGAUGAUCGGGUCCAGCACCUGUGGCCGUGGACCUUGACCUCCCAGGUGCAGGGAGAGCUGGGGAGCAGUACUGGCUGGAAUCGGCUUCCCUCAGGAACAGCUGAAUUGGUGGGUGGCUUGGUGAAGUCACAGGGUCCUUAGAAGCAGGAGGGCCAGCCCAGUGGAACCCAUUCCAGACUUCUGACCCCCACAGGGACAGAGCCAGAGUGAGGUAUCUAAAGCUGUGGCAAGGGUUUGGGGCUCCUCACAGCAACCUCAGGAAAGCGCCAAUGUGGCUGUCAUUUUCUCAGGGUGUGCUGGGCCCCCUGAGUAAGGCCAGUUGGGCUCAGCCUUGAGGGCGAUGAGGAACAGACCAUGGGGCUGUUGGAGGAACAUUCUCCCAGGGAGCAGACAAGCAACUGACGCAGAGGAGUGUCCCCAUCACAGUCACCCAAGCCAGCCAUGCUCCAGGGGCUGUGAAACCUGAGGGGCGCCAAAUGUGGAGCUUGCUGAUGUGCCCCGAGUGCUGCGGCCCUGCUGUCAUCACCGCAGAUAUUUGGGGAGGUGUUGACAGACACGCUUAUCUGGGACAGAGUGGAAGAGGACAGGAGCCAGGAAGAGGGCCCAGAUAGGAGCCCUGAAGAGGAGUAAUGGCACCAAAGUUGCAGAGAAGGGAAGGACAGCCAGCGUCUAACGCAGAGCCCCAGGGCCUGUAGGAAACAAGUGGGAGAUUGUCCUCAGAUGAUGGGCCUGGCUUGGGCAGCAGGGACGCAGCAGGGACGCAUGAGACUGAUUCGGGGAUUAUGGGUGAGGAGGGGCCCAGCUUGGGGAAUGACACCCCACCUUGGCUGUGAUCUACCCUAGUAAUUAAUUCAUCUGGGGACGCAGGCCACACCCUGGAACCACGCUAGUAAAAGGCAGUUCAAGGUGCUGCUGUCUGGGCCCCAAAAUCUCUGAGGUCAAGUUGUAAAGUGAAAACCAAGGCAGCAUGUAGAGGGCACAUACAGGGCUGCCAGAGCAUCCAGCCUGGCACUCGGCCUUCCUCUGCCUCUUAGUUCCUCCCAGGGUCUCCUCUCUCUUUCUGUCUGUCCUCCUCCACAUGUGUCCAAAGUAACCCAUUCUCUAACCCUUCCCCGUGUGUAUGCCCCCCCAAAAAAAAAAACAGUCUCUGUGUAGCCUAGGCUGAUCUCAAACUUGCCACAGUCCCAUUGCCUCCGCCACCCAAGUGCUGGAAUUACAGGUGUGUGCCACCUCCCCUUCUCUUUCCAUGGCUCUGAAGUCCCUGUGGUCUCUGACCUUCUCUGUGCCUCUCUCCCUUCCUCCGUCCUAUCUGUCCCCCACCCCUGCCCCACCUGUCGCCUGUCCAGUCUGGGGCAGAGGACAGCUGGCAGGACUCCCUGAGUGUUUCUAUUCUCGGCCUGAGUGGUGCAGCCCGUGACAUCCCAGGUGCCCCCUCCACUGUGACCAAAUAAGGUACCAAGUGAGGAGCCUGCGGAGGGCAGGCCUGCACAGAUUCAGUCCCUCCUGUUUGCUCUCAGUGCUGAUUUUGUGCCCCCACUGACACCCUACUUCUGAGGAGAGCACCCUUUGCCCCAACAGGCCUGACCUGGAAGCUAGGGUUCAUGAGUGUUCCCUGAUGAACAGGCUCCAUGUGGCCCCCAGGAAUCCGGUACACAGGCCAUGGAAGGGGAGGUUGGUGGCGUGUCUGCCUGUGCAGCUGUUGCUGGCUGCGCUGACAGCUGUGGCUCGAUUUAGCUGCAGGCCAGGGUCUGGCCAGAUAAGGUGUGGAUAAGAACAGGGCCCGCCCCUAUGGUGCCCCUUAAAUUGCAGGGUUUGGGCUGGGGUUGGGGGCGCAGACACCAAGGCCAGGUGAGAGGGUCCUGCUGCGCUGGGGCCUGCAAGGGGCUCAGUGUUUCUCCACCUGUCUGCUUGCCUAUCCUGACUGGGCUCCUUCCACUCUCCACAGCCUCCGUCCUCCAUCUCUUCCUCUCUCCCUCUCUCUCUUCCUCUCUCUUUUCCUCCCUCUCUUCCUCUCUUUCUGUGUCUUUCUCUGUCUCUCUAUAUCUGUCUACCUCUGCCUCUUUUUAUCUUUUUGUUUCUGUCUCUCCAUCUGCCUCUCCAAUUUUCAUCUCUCUUCCUCUCUCCACCUAGUUUUUCCUCUAUCUCUGAUGUUCCCUGUAUGUGUCUGUCUCUCUCGACCUGAUUUUCCUCCUCUCUGUUUCUUUCCAUGUCUGUCUUUGUCUCUCUCUUGUCUCUGCCUCUCUCUGUCCCUCCUUUCUCUCUCUCUGUGUGCUAUUUCCCCACCCCUUCCUUCCCAGCUCCUGUUUUAGGGUCUCUCUUCCGCAGUCUCUGCUCUCCACGGGGGCCAGAGCCCUGUGUUCUCUCCUGAAUAAAGCUGGUUCUGUCCAGACUCCCCCUUCUCUGCCUCCGUCUUUCCUCCCCUGCCCCCAUCCACACCCACCGCUGAUCCCGCCUGAGGGGCUCAGUACUGUGAGCAGGGGCAACCCCUCCUGCCCCAUACAACAGGACAGAGGGGUGAAGAGUAGGUACUCAAGACCAGAGAGUCAGGGAGGACAGUCAUCCCAGAAGGGGGACAGCAGGUCACGGGAUACAGAGGCCAGGCAGCACCCCACUCCCAGCAAAGCAGGCUCCCCUCCCCCUCGGGCCAGGCUGUGCCAGCGCCAGGACAAUGCACCCUUGUCUCUUGUCCUGACAGCUGGGGGAUCCUGCCUCCGUCUCUUUCAGGGGGGCAGUGGCUUUCUGUUCUGCCCCAGGCAGGGGAGUGACCCUGGGGAUCAGGCCUGGGGCAGCUAACAUCUCCAGCCUCCUGUCCCUGCCUGAGUCCAGGGUCCUUCCAUUCUGGUCACCCUGGUGUCUGGCCAUCCCUUCUACCUGAUGCCUCUGGACUUCCUGUCCUAGCUCUGCUAUCCCCUCCAUAUGUCCUUCUUCCCGUUCUGUUUUGCCUGGCCUCUCCCCACUAGGAAUCUUGUGAGCGCUUGCUGUGUGUGGAGUCCCAGACUCCAGACUCCUUUUCCCUCUUGCACACCCCCUCCCCAAGCUUCUUCCUUGCCUCCUCCUCUUUCUGCCCUCCUUGGAGAAGGAAUGACCACACCGUGAGCCCCUCCUGUGUAACAGACACUUCACUCACCUCUUAUCUCUUCACACCCUCUUCUCCUGCCCCCACCCCCUUUUCCUCUCACUGUUUUCUCCACUCUCUUCCAAGACAAAGAGCACAUUUAUUGAACAUUGAACAGAGUUCUGGUCUGCACUCUCUCUAGUCCUCCAUUCUUCCCUGACAACGGUCUCUGCCAGUCUCUGCCUGCUUCUCUCUCUCUCUGGGGAAUAUGGGCAUUUAUUGGGCACCAGCUGUGUGCUAAAGUUUUUAUAAACACUUCCUUCUCUUCCCCUUCCUCCCUUCCGUCCUUCGCUUCCUACUGGCUCUCCCCCCACCCCCGACCCCAGAAAAGGGCAGGAAUGCUAACUGAACGCUGACUGUGCCAGACAAUCUACACCUAUGCCUCUCUUGGCUCUCUAUCUCCUCCUCUACAGAGGAAAUGGCAACUAUUUCAGGCAGAGGGGUGAGGUGCCCUUUGGGAGCACCGCUGGGGUAAAGAUGGGCCAACGUGCUUCGUGCUUCGGUGCUAAGGCUGGGACCAGCACUCACCUCCAGGAAUGGAUGAGGAAAAAGGCUGAUGGAAAGGGUGUGCCCUACAGCUAGCCUGGGUCCCCUGUUAUCUUCUCCCCACCCCCACCCAACAUGAUCUCACUCCGCCCCUAUCGCGUUAUUCAAGCUCCUCAUGUACAGUGCAGCACCCGGUGUUGGCUACUCCUGACAUCACUGACUCAAACAUUGCAGUCUCCUCCCAGGCCAGCCAGCGGCUUCCUCCUCUCCUCCUCCUUUACCUAUUCUCUCCUUCCAUUUCUUCCUCCUCUCCCCUUCUCCUCCUUUUCUUCCUCCAAUUUCCUUCUUCUCCAUCUCUUUCUCUUCCUCUCCAUUUCCUUCUCCUGUGCCUCCAUCUCCUGUCCUUCCUCUUCCUCCUCCAUCUCCUCUGCCUCCUUUUCUCCCCUAAUUCUCUUCCUUCUUUCUCCUUGCCCUCCUCCUCUUCCUCUGUCUCUUUUUAUUCUUUUGUUCCUCCUUUCCUCCAACUUCUCUUCCUGCAUCUCUUCUUCCUCCUCUAUCUCUUCCUUGUCUUCCUCCUCUCCACCUUCUCUUCUCUCCCCUUCUCUUUCUUCUUUCCUUUGUUUUCUCCUGCCCUUUCCUUUCUUCUUCCUCCUGAUGCUUCUCCUACUUCUUUUCCUCCUUCAGUUCUUCUUCCUCCUCCUCUAGCACCUUCUCCGUCAUCUACUUUUCCUCCUAUUCAUCCUCCAUUUCUUUCCAUCUCCUCCACCUCUUUCUUCUCCUGAUGAUCCUCAUCCCUUGUUCUCUUCCUCUUCCAUUGCCUCCUUCUCUUCCCUCUCUUCUUUCUCAGUGCCAUCCCCCUCUUCCUAAAUCUCCUCCAUUUCCUUCACCUCCAUUUCUAUGUCUUCUUUCUCUGCCCCUUUCUCUUCUAUCUUCUCCUUUCCUCCUUUUUCUCAUUCUCUUUUAUCUCCUCCAUCUUCCCUGAUUUCCCAUCCAUUUCUUCUACUAAUCUUCCAUAUCUUCCUCUUCUUUCAUUUCCUCUACUAGCUCUUCAUCCUUCCCAUCUCUUCUUCCUUUUCUAACUCCUCCUCUUCCUACUCUUCCUCCUGUAUCUCCUCUGAUUCUCUAUCUUCUCCAUCUCCUUUUCCUUCUUUUGUUUAUCCUCCACCAUCACCUCCUUUUCUUCCUGAUCCUCCUCCUGUAUCUCUUCUACUCCCCUUACUCCUCAAUCUCCUGAUCCUUCUCCAUUUCUGUUUAUUCCCUUCCUCCUCUUCUUUUUCUACUUUACUUUUUUCCUUCCCGUCCUUUUUCUUCUUUCUCCUCCACUAUUUUCUUAUCUAUCUCAUCCUUCUUCAUCUUCUCAUCUGCUCCCUUCUUUCACCUCAACCUUCAUCUCCCUCUGCUCCUAUUACACCUCUUAAUCUUCUGCUUCCUCCUCUCCCACACCUCUUUCCCUUUUCCCUCUUCCAUAUUUUUCUCUUCCUCUGUUAUUUCUUGUUUUCUCCUCCCUCUCUUUCUCCUUUCUUCAAUACCUCCUCUUCCUCAUCUCAUAAUCAUCUCCUUCCUUUCUUCUUCUUCCUCCUCCUCCCUUUCUGUCACAUCGUCCUAUAUAUUCUAUUUCUUCUCAUCCUCCUACUUCCUUUUUAUAUUCUCCUCUAUUUUUCUCUUCCUCUAUCUUCUCCAUAUCCUCUUCUCCACUUCCUCUUCUUACUCUUCCUCCAUAUUUUCUUUCUUCUCCCUUUUUCCUCCCUAUUCCCCUCUUCCUUCUCUUCUUUCUUCUAAUCUCUUCCCCCUCGUCUUCAUCUCUUCCUUUUUCCUCCAUUAUCUCCUUCUAAUCAACCCUUUCUCCUCAUCUUCCAUCUUCUCUUCUUCCUUCUGUCACUUACUUUUCUUGUACCAUCUAUUCUUACUCCUGCUCCUCCAUUUCCUUAUCUUCCUCCUCCUCCAUCGCUUCCACCCUCUCUCUUUCUUCCUUAUUGAUAGACUUCUCCUCUGACAAAAAUAAGCCAAUUCAAGCCAAAUUAGAGUAUAUAAAUGCAAGUUUAGUGCAGACAGCUCUUGGGAGGGUUCACUGGUCCCAAGGAAUGGAACCAGGGAAGUUGCCAUGCAAAAGGAGACAGAAAAGCGGGGGCAGAGGAAGAGAGGAGAGAGGAAAUGCAGAGAGAGAAAGAGUCUGAAUUAUAUAGGAAAGAGCUUUUGGGGGAGAGGAAUCCCCAGACCCUAGGCUGGAAAAUUCAGGGCAGAGGGCAGGAUAUGCUAGCCAUGCCCUGUAACAGGUAGAGACUAAGGGAUGCUGGGAGAACCUGGGGGCCGAUCUGCUUUGGUUAAAUCAGCUAUUUGUCCCAGGUCUGAAUUUCAACACUUAUCUCCUGUCAUCUCUUCUUUAUCUUCUCUCAUUUUCUCCUGUCAUCUUUCUUUUCCUCUUAAUUCUCUCCCACCUCUCCUUGCCAUGUCCAUCUUUCUCUCCUUUUACCUCCUCCUUCACAUUCUUUCAGCUUCCUUCUUCUCUUCCAUCUUUCUUCUCCUCCUCUUCUUCCCUCUCCAUGUUCUCAUUCUUUCCUUCUCCAUUUCCUCAUCCUUUGUUCUUCUCUUCCUUCACCUCUUCUUUCACCUUUCUUCCUCCUCCAUCACUUUUCCUCUCCUUUUUCCCUUCUGGCUUCAUCUCCUACUCUUCUCCACUUUUCCUCUUCCACUUCCUCUUCUGCCUUCAUCUCCUUUUUUCUCCUCCAACUUCUCCUCCUUUCUCUUCUAUCUUCUCUCUUCCUCCUUCCUCCUAUCUCCUCUUUUUCCUCCUCCCCUUCUCCUUCUGUUUCCUCUCCUAUUCUACCUCUCCCUCAUCUCCUUCCUCCCCCUCCUCUUUCUCUUCUUCCUGCUCUGUCUCAUUUUCUUCUUCCUUCUCUUUCCCUAUCUCUUCCUGCUCCUCUUUGGUCUCCCUCGUCUCAUCUGCCACAUCUUCCUCAUUCUUCUCCAUCUCCUCCUUAUCUCUUUUUUCUUCAUCUCUUUUUUUCUCCUCCUCUUUGUCCAUCUCCUCUUUUACACCUGCUCCUCUUCUGCCAUCUUGUCUUACUCCCCCUCUUCCUCUACCUCCAUCUACUCCUCUUACUCCUUUAUCUUUUUCUUCAUUUUUUCUACCACAUUUAUCCUCCUUCUUUAUCCUCUCCCUUCGUUGUCUUCCUCCAUCUCUUCCAUCUCCUCUUCCUCUAUCUUCCUUUUUCUCCUCCCCUUCUCUUCUUCUUUCUCCUCCAUUUUCUCAUCACUGUCCUAUUUCUUCAUCUCCUUCUUCCUUUUAAUCUCCUUUUCCUAAUUCUUCAUAUUUUUUUCUCCUUUAUCUCCUAUUGUUCCUUCCCCUACAUCUCUUCUUCCUGUCUACCUCUUCCUCCUCUUCAGUCUCCUCCUUUUCCUCUAUCUCCUUCUACUUUUUCAUAUCCCUUUAUUUCUCCAUCUACUCCUAUCUUUUCCUCUACUUUGUCUUCAUCUUCCUUCCCUGUCACCCUUCCUGUCUCUUCUUCUUUUUCUUCUCUUCAUCCAUCUUUCCUUCUCUGUUUCCUCCUCAAUCUCUUUCUCCUCUCCAUCAUUUCCUCUGCUGUUUCCCCAAUUUCCUCCUCCUCUUCCUAUCUUUUCCUCUUCCAUUGCCUCCUCCUCUCACUUUACCUGCUUCCUGUUCCAUAUUCUCUUUCUCCAGCUCCUCUUCCUCAUCUUCUCCUCUCCCAUUUCCUUCUCCUCCUCCAUCCUCCAUGUCCACUUCCUUUAUUUCCUCAUUUGUCUAUUGCUCUUCCCCUAUUCCCACCCCUCCUUUUUUCCACCCCAUCUUCUUCUAUCUCUUCCUACUCUAUCCUGUAUCUUUUCCUCUUUCUUAUCCUCUUUUAACUUCAUCUCCUACUGCUCCUCCAUCUCCAUCUUCUAUAUCUGUCUCCCUCACCCCUUCCAAUCACCUUUUUCUCAUUCAACCCCUUUCUCCUCUUCAUCCAUUUUCUCCUCCACUCCUUCCCUCCUCUCUAGCUCCAUAAUGUCCUCACUCUUGUCCUCCCCGUCUCCCUCUCCAUUUUCAUCUCUAUCUUUUUCAAUAUCCUCCUCUAAGCCUUCCUUCUACUCUUCUUCAUCCUACUCUUCAAUCUCCUCCAUCUUUUCCUCUUUCAUCUCCUCUCCCUUCUCUCGUCUCUUCAUUAUCUAAUCUUCUGUCUCCUACUGCUCUAUCUUAUCCCCCUACUUACUCAUCUUGCCUUUCUAUUCUCCCUCCUUCAUAUUUUUACCCUGCUUCUCUUCCAUUUCCUCCUUCCCUUCUGUCUUCCUUUCUAUGUCCUCUUUUCAUAACCCAUUCCUCUACCUCAUCCUCUGUCUUUUUCUUCUCUAUCUUCACCUCACUCAUCUCUUCCAUCUUUCCCCUGUCUCAUCUUCUCUUCCUCUACCUUCUUUUUCUCCUUCAUCUCUUUCUUUUUCCUACUCUUUCUCUGUCUCCUCCUGUUCCUCUAUCUUCUCUAUCUUGUCUUUCUCCUCAUCCUCAACUAUUAUUAUUCUCUCCAUCUUUUAUUCUUCCUGCUAUUCCCUCAUCUCUUUCUUUUCCAUCCUCCAUUUCCUCCUCCAUUUCCUCUCCUUCAUAUCCUUAUCUCCAUUUCUUCCUCUUGUAUCUUCUCCUUGCUCAUAUCCUCCAUAUCCUUCUACUCCUACUUCAUCUUCUUUCUCCUAGCUUCUUCCACCUCCUGUUUUUCCUCUCAUUUUCUUCUAUCUCCUCAUCUAUUUUCUACUCCUUUCUCCUUUUCAUUCUUCUGCAUAUCCACCUACUCUCCCUUCUUCAUCCAUCUUCCAUCUCCUUCACAUUUCCCCUCUCCCUCCAUCUUUCUUGUCCUUCAUCUCUUCCUCUCUUCCAUUUCACUUUUUUUCUCCUUGCUUCUCCAUCACCCCUCAUCUUCAUCUUGUAGUCUUUCCCUCCUAUCUUCUUCUCUGCUUCUUCUUUCCCCUCUCUCCUACCCCUUUUCAUUUCUCAUCCUCUCACCCUUCUCCUCCUUCUUCAACCUCCUUUCAUCUUUGGUUUUCCUGUGUCCUGCUCCUGUUCCUUGCUUCUCAAUUUCUACUCUUCUCUUCAUCUUCUUCUUAGUCUUCAUUCCACCCACAUCACUUCUUCCUGCACCUCCUUCUGUUCUUACAUUCCCCCUUAUUUACCUUUCACUGCUCACACCUCCUUCUCUUGCCCCUCCUCUUCCUCCUGCUUCUUCUUUCUCCAUCCUUCCCAGCCCUGCUCUUCCUCUUCUUUUAUGAAUUCUCUACCUCCUCAUUGUUCAUCCUCCCUCCUCCUAUCCUUUUUCCUCCAUCUUCCCACAUCCCACCUCUUCCACUUCCUGCCCUACCACUUCCUUCUUCCCUUACUGAUCCCUCAAUUUCCCCUUGUAUUCAUCUUCCUUCUUUUCAUCCUCUUUUCUCACCUUCACCUUCUUUUCCAGCUUUUUCCUCAUUCUACCUCUAUGGUUCCUUCUCCUCUUCCUUGCCCUCUCCUGUCUUUUUCUCCCUAUCCUCUCAUUCUCUUUCUUCACUCCUCUUUUCCUUCCUCUGCCUCUUCACUUUCCUCUUUUUCUUCAUCAUUUUCUUGCCAUUUCCUAAAAUCUUCCUCUUCUUCCUUCCUCAGCUCUCUUCUUCCUUCCUGUGAUCUAUUUCACCCUUCCUUCUCCUAUUUCUCUUGUUUCCCUCCACUUUCUCUUCUCACCCUCUCACUAUAUCUCCUCUUUUUCUCCUGCUCUUCUCCCAUCUUCUUUUAAUCUUCAUUAAUCUUUCUCCUACUUCCUGUCUGUCCUGCCUACUACCCUUUUUCAUCCUAGUCACUCCCCUCCACUUCCAAGUAUAUUCUCUUCUCCUUUCCUCUUUAAAUCCCAUCUCCUUUCUAGCUCAUUCCCCUAUUCCUAAUCUUCUCUGAAAUCUCUUUCUCCUCUCUACUCAUUUCUCUCUUUCUUCUUAUCCUCCUUGCCUUCUUCUGAAAACUCCAGUUCUUCCUUUCCAUCCUGUUUCUCUUUCUUCUACAGUCAUUACUUUCUUCAUCCUUAUUCUUUAAUUUUCUUCUUUCUUAUUCCAUCCUUCCACUCCCUCUUCCUCUUCAUCCUCUCCUCUCCUACUUUUCAUUUUCCUUGUUUUCUUGCUUCACCUUACCUUCUACUCCUUGUCUUCUCUUUUCAACACUCUCCCUUCUACAUUCUCCUCUACUCCUGUGCAACCCCUCUAUAUAACCCUUCAGUAUUAUUUCGUUCCCUAUUUUUCUUCUUCCUCCAUCUAAUCCUCUCCUGCCUUCCUGUUCUUCCUCUAUUCCUUUUUUCUCUUUUCCAUUAAUUCAACUCUUCUUUUUCCUUCUUUCCCCCUCAAUUUCUCUUCCUUCCUGCUCUCUCUUCGUUACUUCUAAUAUCCACCUUCAUCCCCCUUACUCUUCGUUCCCCUCUUUUGCCCUUCAUUUUCCUUCAAUGACUCUACAUGCAUCUCUAUAGUCUCCAACACAUUCUCUACCUUCUCUUUCCCCUUUCCUCUUCUAUCUCCUUCUUUUUGUUUUUUUCUUAUGCUUUGGUUCCCUUCACAGAGUCUUGUCCAGUCUUUCCUGCUGCUCUUCCUUCUCUCUGCCAUCUCCUAUUAUCCCUGCUUUUGUUUCUCCUAAUAUUGUUACUCCUUCAGCUCCAUCCCCUCCUUUUCUCCUUUCCCUCCUUUAACUUAACUACUCUAUUUCUUCCUCUUCCUUCCCCUCUUCCAUUUCCUCUAGUUCUUCCUCUUCUCUCUCUCUCUCUCUCUCUCUCUCUCUCUCUCUCUCUUUCCCAGAGGCUACUUUUUAUUUUAUUUUUUUACACUUUCUAUCCCCCCAUAAGCCCCUUCCUCCUCCCCUCCCAAUCCCACCCUCCCUCUCCCUUCUUCAUGCAUGCCCCUCCCCAAGUCCACUGAUAGGGGAGGUCCUCCUCUCCUUCCUUCUGAUCCUAGUCUAUCAGAUCACAUCAGGAGUGUCUUCAUUGUCAUCUUCUGUGACCUGGUAAGACUGCUCUCCCCUUAGGGGGAGGUGAUCAAAGAGCAGGCCAAUCAGAUUGUGUCGGAAGCAGUCCCUCUUCCCAUUACUAUGGAACCCACUUAGACAGUAAGCUGCCAUGGAUUAUCUCUCUUUUUUUAAGAUUUAUUACAUAUACAGUGUUCUGCCUGCAUAUGUGCCUGCCCACCAGAUCACAUUAGAGAUGGUAGUGAACCACCAUGUGGGUGCUGGGAAUUAAACUCAGAACCUCAGAAGAGCAGACAGUGCUCUUAACCUUUGAGCCACCUUUCCAGCCCCCCACUUCUCAUCUUCUCCAUACCCUCCUUCCCUCCUUCCCUCCUCCAUCUCCUCUACCCCUUCCUCUUUCCCUUCACUUUCUACAUCACAUCCAUAAACCUUCCUCUCCUCUAAUUCCUCUACCCCUUUCUCUGCUCCCCCUUCUCUAUCCCUUCUCUAUCUUAUCUAUCCCAUCUUCUCUAUUCCUUCUUCUUAUCUCUAUCCCCCUUUCAUUUCUCUCCUCCAACUACUCUACCAUCUUUCCCUUCUCUCUCUUCCUUUGUUGCUCUAUCUCCUUCUCUGCUUCCUCUCCUUCAACUUCUCUAUUUUCUCUUCAUCUGCUUCCACCUUUAUCUUCUCUAUCCUCUUCUUCCUUUAUCUCAUCUAUUCCUCCUUUACAUUUGCACUCCUCACCCUCCUUUAUCCCAUUAUCUACCUUCUUUCCCUCCUUAAUCUCAUCUAUCCCCCUCUCUCCUUUCCCUCCUCUAUCUCUGUUCCCCUUUCAUCUUCCCCUCCUCCAUCAUUUUUCUUCUCCUCCUCCUCUAUUCUUUCUUCUACUUCCUCUCCUCCACCUUGUGUAUCCUUUUUCCUUCCCCUUCUCUUUCUCCUCCUACCUUUUCUAUCCCCCGUUCCACUGCUCCCUCCUCAAUUUCCCAUCUCCUCUUUCUCCUUCUACCCUACCUUCUCCUCCUUAGCAUUGUCUUCCUCAUUUCUCUUCUCCUUCUCCUCAUCCCUAGCCUCCCUGUACAUUGUCCUCUUCCUCCAUCUUUUUUCUCCUCCACCUCCUUUUUGUCUCUAGUCCUCCCUCAUACUUUCUCCUUCCUCUUCCUCACACUUCAUUCUCUGCCCUCCUUUCCCUCCAUGUUCUUUUGUUUCUAACAUCUCGUUUCCUAUUCUUUGCCUUCUUUCCUAGUGCCCUCUACCACCUCCACCCCAUUUCUUCUUUCAACUCCUUCUUCUUUCUCCCUUCCUGCCAUAAUCUCUCCUUUUUCUCCCCCAUCUUGCUCUUUGCUUCCUCUUUUCUCCUUAAUCUUGAUCUUCACUGGAAUCCUCCUCACCACCUCCUUCAUGUCACUCACCUUUCUUUUUGUUUACAACUGCUCUGUCCUGUUCCUAGCCCUUUCCUCCUGUGCCUCUUUUUGUCUUCAUCUUUCUCCUUUCCCACCAUCUCUUCCACCUUCCAUCUCUCUACCCUUCUCUCCUCCUCCCAACUCAUUCUGCUCUGCAAUCUGCUCCACCAUCACCUUUCCUCCUGAGCCUCCUUUAGUCUUCAUCUUUCUCCUUGCCCACCAUCUCUUCCACCUUCCAUCUCUCUACCCUUCUCUCCUCCUCCCAACUCAUUCUGCUCUGCAAUCUGCUCCACCAUCACCUUCCAAUCCUCUGCUUCACUUUCUCUUCCCAUCUCUUCUUCCUUUCUUCUCCUUUGCCUUCUGUGCCUUCUCUUCCUCCCCUCUCAUUUCCUAUGGCACCUUCAUACUUUUCUUUAUCCCUUCUUAUUCUUUUUGUUCUUGUUGUCAUUCUUUCUGUUCAUCUUCUUCCUGUUGUUGUUCUUUCUUCUCCUCUUCCUCUUCUUCUCUUCUUCUGAUUUUUCAAGACAGAAUUUUUCUGUGCAGCCCUGACUGUCCUGAAACUAACUCUAUAGACCAAACUGGUCUGGAACUCAGAGACCUGCUUGCCUCUGCCUCCUGAGUGCUGGGAUAUUUCAGUUUCCUGGCUCCUUUUUUAUCUGUCCUCCUGUUUUUUCUUCUUACCUGUUUUCAGUCUUUCCCCCUUUCUCUCUGGACCCUUCCCUCUGACCUGUGAUGGGCCCCUAGUCUCAGAAGACAUGAGGGCAGGAUACCAGGCCUGAUGUCCUCCUGGGUCCCUCCCCAAAGUGCAGACUCAUCUCUGGGUCCUGUUCUGGGGAUGUGAGGAAUAUAAGCAAUAUUAGCUCCCCUAUCUCCUCCACCUGCCAGUUCUUCCUUGUUCUUUUCUCCAUUCCCACCUCCUUCCCCUCCCUUGCCUUCCCGUUCUUCCUCUCUGGAGCUCUCUGUCCUGUUUCUUUCCCAUCUUUGCCCUCACUGUUCUGAAAUCUUUGUUUUCCAUCGCCGCACUCUUUCUUCCUCAUUUUCUCUACAACCCAGAUUCUCCCACCAGCACUAUCACAUCAUCCCUCCAUCCUGUCGUUUCUUUCCUCAUUUAAACCUAUAAGCGGCCUCUUCUCCCUUAGCAUCUCUGCUGUUUAUCUUCCUUGACCAUUUCACUCCCUCUUUCUUAUCUUUGCUUUCCAGUCUCUCCUCCCUUUAGAUCUAUUCUGAUACAUGGUGCUAUCAUUCCUCCCUGCUACUGGCUCACCCCUUCUCUCUGGGUGUCCCUCAUGGUACUCUCCUCUGUCUCUCUCAUUCCUGUGAUCCUCCUUCUGGUUUUCCCUCCUCUCUUUUUCUCACUCUCUUAUCACCUCUCUCUGUCUCUAUGUAUGUGGGGGUGUGUGGGAUAGAGGUCAACCUUAGGUGUCAGCUUUUUAAACUUUUUUUUAGUGUGUGUGUGUGUGUGUUAUUCAUCUAUGAGUACACGUGUUUGGAGCUAAAGUGUUGUCUCUAUUGUUCUCCACCUUAAUUUUUGAAACAAAGUCCCUUCACUGAACCUGCAACUUGCUGAUGUCGUGAGUUUGGCCAGCCAGCAAGCGCUGGAAAUCCGCUGUGCUCCACCUCCCCUGCACCGGGUUACAGGCACAUGACACUGUAACAGGCUGUUGUAUGGGUCUGAAACUCAAACUUGGCUCUUCCUGCUUGCACAAGUUCUUCACCAACAAACCUGUUUCCCCUUUUGUUUUCUUCCUUUCUCCUGUCCUUUGCCCUCUCUCCUUCCUCUUAUCUUCCCCUUUAUUCCCUUUCUCCUCUAUACUCUCCCUCCCUGCCUUCUCCCCCAGUUCUCAACCCUAGGGACCUCUAAGAGGGCUCCUCUCCUGCUGUCUUCAGCCCCUGCCCCGGUGCUGUGAGGCCCCCAGACCUUGAAAGGGAGGUGAGACACCAUUGUCCACAGAAAGUUAUGGCAGGAGGCUAAUCACCAGGAGCAUGGUAACCACAUUACAGUCCAGUGUGGGGAUGGGUUUUGUGACAACUCUUUCUUUUUUCUGUUUGUCCUGGACAUUGGACACUGCCUGGAAGAAUCAAACCCUGGAAGCAGGAAGCGAAGGAUCAGCUCAGAGAGAGAGAGAGAGAGAGCUGCCUACAGACACAUGCAUCAGCAAUGAAAGACCUCAGCUGCCUUCAGUGUUCCAGAUGAAAACAUCUGUGCACCACCUGCGGGACACAGAAGACCAGCACCUGCACCAGCCACCUGUGUGUUGGGAAAGGAGCCAAUGGGACCCGCCUGCCGGCACAGAGUGCAGCUGCAACCCAGCUGUAUUAGGCACUGAAAAUUGUUCCCAGUAACGAACAGUGGGGUGAAGGGACUGUGGGAAAUUCUGUAGAAAUGAACAUUUUUACUCCUAACACAAAUAUUCUCAGCAAUUGUUUGUUUGCUUGUUUGUCUGAGACAGGGUCUCAUGCCAACCAGGUUGGCCUUGAACUCCCUAUGUAGCCAAGGCUGACCUUGAUCCCGAUCCUCCUGCUUCCACGUCCUGGGUGCUGGAAUUACAAGUCUGUGCUUGGCUUCAAUCUGAUUCUGACUAUGGUGUCUCACACCUCUGAGUCUCACUCACACUGAGUCACUCAACAGUACUGUUUGUAUCCCAGGGGAGUGAAUCCAGGUGUACCGGGGAAUAGAACGGAAAGCAGGUCUUUGAUUUUGCAAACCUGCCGCAGGUCUGUGCACGAUCCAUCAUCUUGCUAAGCGGAAGAUGGGUGCAAGCUAUGGUGGGUGUUUCAGUUAGGGUUUCUAUUGCUGUGAUGAAACCCCAUGACCAAAAGCAAGCUGGGGAGGAGAGGGUUUAUUUGGCUGUUGGUCUGAGGCUUGUAUUUUGAUGCUAAUUACUGGCCCUCAAGAUCUGGUUACUGCCUAGAUAAACCUAUCCUUCUUGCGUAAACCUGCCUAAGACAUUACACCUGACUGGUUGAUUAAAGGCCUUAAGCCUGGGCAGGGAGAAUGGAGUAGGUGUGGCUAAGGUUCCUGGGCUUUGGGUUCAAGAGAACCCAAAGAUACAGGGAGACAGGAGAGAGAAGGAAGGAUAACACAAUGGGUUAUCAUGGAGAAGAAACCACGUGAGCCAGGAGGAAGGACUCCAAGGAUGGCAUGGAUGGGAAAAAAAAAAAAAAACACCAAAUAAAAGCAAGUAUUUAUAAGAGUGUGGAUGGCAUGCCAGUUAAGGAUGAUUAAGGGGGAUGGCAGUGGAGGGGGGCUGGGAGGUGGAUGGUGAGGUUACUGAGACUGUAUAGAUUUUAUUAUCUGGACAGCCAAGGUGUUUUAAGGCAACUGUAAAAUUUAGCAGGUCUGUGUUUUAUGAACUGUGAUACUGGGUUAAGUAAUACUGCCAUAAUGAUUAUAGGACUAAGAAUAAUAAACGUCAUAUAGCCCAA